AUGGGCCGAAAGAAGCGCAGCCCCCCACCAAACCCUACUCCACCGCCACCGCCGCCCCCCGCCGGCGCCCUCGCCCUCGCCGAUGCCCACGCCGCCGUCCGCUCCGACUGCGACAAGGCCCUCGCCUUCCUCCAGCGGGGCAACCACCCCAAGGCGCUGCGCCUCACCAAGGACGCCCUCGCGCGCCACGGCCAGGGAUCCUCGCCGCUCCUCCUCCGCGCCCACGCCACCGUCCACGCCCGCGCCGCCGCCCUCAUCACCGACCCCCAGGCCCGCGCGCGCCACCACCGGGCGGCCCUCGACGCCGCCCGCCAAGCCGUCGACCUCGCGCCCCACUCCCUCGACCUCGCCCACUUCCGCGCGCUCCUCCUCUACGAGGCCGCCAACGACAACCGCGCCUACGAGGAGGUCAUCGCCGAGUGCGAGCGCGGCCUCAGGAUCGACCACCCCGCCUCCCACCCGGACGAGGCCCACUCCUUCUCCUUCCGCCUCCCCCCGCCCGACCCCGACCAGCUCCGCGCCGAGCUCCGCAGCCUGAUCCAGAAGGCCAACCUCGCCUCCAUCUCCACCUGGGUCAAGACCCUCGGCGGCUCCGGGGACGAGAAGCUCGGCUUCUUCCGCAUCAACGACGACCCGCUCGAGCUCCCGCUCCUCCCCGCCGCCCCCGCCCCGCGGCGCCCCAACGAGCUCAAGAAGGCCACCAAGACCGCCGACGAGCGACGCAAGGAGAUCGAGGUGCAGGUCGCCGCGCUCCGCCUCCUCGAGCAGCAGCAGCACCAGCACAACAACAAUGCCGCCGCCGCCUCCUCCUCCUCCUCAAACGGACAUGACGACGCUCCCUCCUCAUCCUCCCAACAAUCCGGAGGACACCGUGCCGCCGAUCGCAGAAAGGGAGGAGGCCCCUCCAAAAAGGCAACAGCAGCCACCGCCGCACGCAUGGAGCAGGCGCGAGCAUUCUGGCCAGCUAUGCCGCUGGAACAGAGGCUCGCCUUCCUAAAAACCAGCAUUUCCGACCUCAGGCUCUACUACCAGAACCACAAGGACAAGGAGGUUGCCACCCUGGCGCCCGACGUGAUCAACGAGCUGGCGCAGUUCGCCACCGACAGCGGGAGCUGGGAGUUCUGGGUCUGCGGCCUCUGCGAGGAGCGCUACACGUACGCGGCACACACGCCGCGCGAUCAUAUCGGCAGGCUCUCGGAUCACCGCCAGGCCAUGGUCCCGCAGGAGAUCGACGCUGAUUGGGCGGCCAUGCUCACUGGUUCCACCUGGAGGCCGCUGGAUGCUGCCGCGGCGCUCAAAGCGCUCGAGGACGAGCAAGCCGACAACGCUUGUGGGGGCCCGGACAGGGACAAGGAUUCCAUGUCGUCCGAUAACUGGAGCACCAAGGACAAAUCCGACACCUCCGAGUCCUCCGCCUCGCCACACAACGAGGAGUGCGAUACUUUUGGGGUGGCCAUCAGGGAAGGCUCCCACCGCAAGUGGCCGCUGGCCGAUGAUGAUGAAAGAGCCAAGAUUCUCGACAGGAUCCAUUCGCUGUUCCAAAUCCUCGUCAAGCACAGAAAUAUCUCUGUCACCCAUCUGGAAAAGGUGAUACGCUUCGCCGUAGAUGAACUGAGAGGGCUGCCUUCCGGGUCGUUGCUGUUUAACCACCCUAUUGAUGAAUCGCCGCUCUGCAUUUGCUUCUUGGAGGCCUCGUCGCUGAAAAAGGUACACAAGUUCUUGCAGGACCUAAUGCACUCAUGUGGACUCAAUAGGUUCUCAGACAAGGAUGGGGAACUUGGUGAUGGAGACCGUUUCCCCCAAAAUCACGUUAUCCAUGACAGUGUUACGCUAGACUCUGAUUCAUCAGCACUCAUCCUUGAUGCCCGGCUAUUUGGUGCCAAGUCUGGUCCUGAGAAUGUUGAUACUGAUGAAUUCCUCUCCUGGUUGUAUGCUGGAUCUCCUCCAAUCGGAGAGCAUCUAUCCGAGUGGAACUCCAUGCUUGUUGAUCGGCCAAAGCAAGGGUGUCGGGUUAUUGAAAUGCUCGAGAAGGAGUUCUCUGCCUUGCAGAACUGGUGUGAUCAGAAGCAUGACCAGUUGAUCUAUGAGGAGGGCGUGGUUGCUGUGGAUAAUAUUGUACUUGAGGAGCAAAGGCGAAGAGAAUGUGUGGGGCGGUAUUCAUACCUUGGAUAUGAGGAGCUCCUCAGGAACCGCCAGGAUGAGUUGCUGGAGAGCAAAGGCUGCCGCCCUGAGUUAGAUGCAAUCUCAAAUGUCUUGAAGGAAGUUCGCAACUCACACUAUGGGUAUGACGAAGGUUUUUCUGGGAUGACCUCGCGCCCAUAUGACUUUGAUGGGGUAAUAGAUGAUUGGAGGUUGCAGGACUUUGUGCAUCCUAGUGAUUCAGUGGUGCAGAAUGUUGUUUCCAAGAUGAAGGAACGAGUAAAUAUCGAGCUUUGCAAGAUAGACGCUAAAAUUAUGCGAAGUGAAGCUGUGUUGCAGCAACUGGAACUCAAGUUCAAACGUGCUGCUCUCAUUGAUUUUCAAACAAUUCUCUUGCCCCUCCUCAAAUCCUUUUUGCGAAGUCGCUUGGAAGAGCUCGUGAACAAGGAGGCUACAGAGCGUUCUGAUGCUGCAAGAGAUGCUUUUCUGGCUGAACUUGCUAAAGAUGCUGAGAAGAAUGCAAACCAAGGGGGUGACAAAAAACUAUCUCACGAGAAGUCAAAAGACAAAAAGAAAAUGAAGGAUUCUCGGAGAUCUAAGGAUCCGAAGGAUUUGAGCUGGAGCGAUCAAUACAUUGUUCGCCAGGACAGUGUGGAUGAGGAAACGUCGGAACAAUCUCAGACUCUUGUUGAUUGUGAUGACUUCGACAACAAACUUCCAGUGAGCGAUGAGUACGCAAAUGAACAAGAGGAAGAACUUAGGCAUAGAGUACAACUUGAAGCAGAGGAAAGAAAACUGGAGGAAACUUUGGAGUACCAAAGAUGGAUAGAGGAGCAGGCAAAGCAGAAGCAUCUUGCAGAACAGUCUAGAAGUACUUCAGCAGCUUCUGCUAUUGGGGCAACUGGUUAUCCAACUGAUGUAAAUUCAAGCAUGGAUCAGGAUAACCAUCAAAGUGCACCCGAUAACUUCUCACCUGCUUAUCUUGAAGGCAUAAAAUUUGGUGAUUUUCGCUUUCCUGAAGUUCCUUUGGGGGAAAAAGAUUCUAGUUCCAAAUCUGGUGCUGUAGACCUACCACAAAAGGCUGAUAACGAUCACAGGGAAAAUCUUAACGGAUUACGCUCUCCUGGAGCACAUUCAUCAACUGGCAGCAAUGACCUCACUAAGCCAGCAUUGAAAAUGAACGGAGUUGGGAAAUAUGCACAAAAUACAAAACUUUCAUCUAAUCCUGUCGUCCAAAGGUCUAAGAGCGGCACUAGCCAGGCACAUAAGAAAAACAUCCAAGGUUCUGUUCAUGAUGGUGAUGAUAAUGCAUCUAGCCGACAAAAUGGUACACCAGCUUCAAGAUGGAGCAGUUCUGGUAAAGUAGCUGACUUUUACAAGAAUACCAAUCAAGAUGGUCUGCUACCUGUGCCAUCUUCGGAUGAUCCAUGGAACGUCAACAAAGCUGAGAAAGCUGACAGGGGUGCAAUCUCACCAGCAAUUGUAUGUAUGGAGGAUGAUUCUGACAAAAGGUUUGAAGAAGACCUCAGAAAAGCUGUGCACCAAAGCCUUGCAGGCACUUCAAAUGGGAAGGAAGUACAUGGGGCUGGCCUUAAGAAUGCUGCUGGUGAAUACAAUUGCUUCUUGAAUGUGAUUAUCCAGUCACUAUGGCACUUGAGUCAGUUUCGACACAAGUUCCUUAAAACAUCAUCACUGCAUAAGCACAUUGAAGAUCCUUGUGCGGUGUGUGCAUUAUAUGACAUUUUCGUUGACUUGAGCAAAGCAUCUGAAGGGCAAGGAGAAGCUGUCGCACCUACUUCUUUGAGGAUUGCUCUGAGCAAAUCCUACCCGAACAACAGGUUUUUCCAGGAGGGACAAAUGAAUGAUGCAUCUGAGGUGUUGGGGGUGAUAUUUGAAUGCUUGCAUAAGUCGUACACCUCUCAAGCUGACUGCCAUGUUAAAUCUCAUGAGAGAAAUUCUAUCGGCUCAUGGGACUGUGCAAGCAAUUUUUGCAUUGCUCAUUGCCUUUUUGGAAUGGACAUUUAUGAACGAAUGAUCUGUCACAGUUGUGGAUUAGAAUCUAGACGACUUAAAUAUACCUCAUUCUUCCACAAUAUCAAUGCUAGUUCACUUCGAACUGCAAAGAUGAUGUGUCCAGAUCCAUUUGGUGAUCUUUUGAAGACUGUGAUAAUGAAUGAUCAGCUAGCUUGUGAUCCUGAUGUUGGCGGCUGUGGAAAACCAAAUCAUAUACAACACAUUCUUUCUAGCUCCCCUCAUGUUUUUACAGUUGUGUUGGGAUGGCAGAACAACAAAGAGAGUGUUGAUGACAUAUCUGCAACUUUGGCUGGUAUUUCGACCGAGAUAGACAUUAGCAUUUUCUACUGUGGUGUAGAUCAAGGAACCAAACAUUCUCUGGUGUCAGUGGUUUGCUACUAUGGGCAGCAUUAUCAUUGCUUUGCUUUCGAGGAUGAGCAUUGGGUCAUGUAUGAUGACCAGACUGUUAAGGUUAUUGGUGGCUGGGCUGAUGUGAUCACUAUGUGUGAGAAAGGUCAUUUACAACCUCAAGUGCUCUUCUUUGAAGCUGCAAAUUAAUUUUCUUCAAAGUUCAAGGGUGCUGUGCCGUGGCGUGGUUAACAUGUGUUAUGAGAUAUAGGGUUUUUCCUGGUGACUGAAGAGUAGAGAUAGGAAUACAAAAAUUCGUUUUGAGCUCAUGGGGGAUGAUAAUGUGGGGGUGAUUCAGCAGUUGCACUGGCCUGUCGGUUUUGUCGAGCCUCGCCUUAAAAUAAAUGGUCGUCUGAGCAUAUAACUAGAAGGAGAAGAAGUGGUGGUGAUGUUUUCUUUUUGAAACUUGGAUACAUAGCCUGACCCUUAUAUCCUAUCUGUCGGUACUAUUUUGCUGUGGAGGACUUCAGGUGGGAUAACUCUGUUCGAUCAUGUGCUGCCCCUGAGAAAUUAUUUAUCAGUAUUGCACUACUGCUGAAUUGCGUAGGAAGCUUAUCUAUAUAUACAGUUAAUUUUUCAUCAAGGUGACCGGAGGAAGUUAUUUACAAGUGUUGUAUUGUGACUGUUGGGAGAUGUUAAUGGAGAAAGGAUGAAUAUGAUGCUGAAA